AGGAAUGGACAUUAUUGAGGAGUUGCAGCAGAGUGGGAGGGAGCUGGCGGCCAUGGAGGAGGAAAUGGCGGUGGAGGGGGGAAGGAGUCUGAAUGGGGUGCAAUCCAUGCCAAGUGCAGCCGCACUGGUGCUACACACUUCUCCUCAGCAGGGCACAACUUCGCAAUCGACAAGCGACAAGCGACAGACGCGUGUGAGCACGACCGCGGCUAGCACGACCGAACGCAAGGAGACGAGCAGCGGCGGCAGUAGUGCGGCUGCGGGAGCGGGAACGGUCAGCGCUCUACCGCAGGCGGAAGCGACCCUGGAACAGCUGAUCCCAUGCCACGACCGCGACGCUAAGCCGUUCACGGCGCAACGCGGCGACUUCUGGGUGCUGUAUAACUACGUGACGGCAGCCGCACGACGGCCGCACUGCUGGGAGAGCAUCACGUAUACGACACACGCCGACUACACGUUCCUCGACAACCUGCAACCUCUCCUCGAGCGGUGGCGCGGUCCCGUUUCGCUCGCCCUCUAUGCGCCUGGCACUGAUUUCGCUCAGACUCUCAACACCAUCAGGUACCUUAAAGACUGCGGCUCCGAUCUAGUCAACGAGUUCGUCACGUUCCACAUCUACUUUCCGUCGAAGCAUAUCCCCAAGCAAAUCCCGCGCGGGGAUGCCAUCCUGGGGGGCGGUGGCGAAUCCACCAACUGCUCCCUGCCCGCCCCCUGGCUCAACCAGACCGGCGCCCUCUACAAGACGCGCAAGAAACUGCUGUACCCGGUGAACGUGGGGCGGAACAUCGCCCGGGAGGCGGCGACCACUCACUUCGUGCUGCCUUCCGACAUUGAAUUGUAUCCUAGUCCCGGUCUCAUCCCCGAGUUCCUCGCGAUGGUCCUCAGGCAGGAGCCGCCACUGCUCAGGAAGAACCCCAAGGUGUUUGUGCUCUCCAUAUUCGAGCUGGAGAGCAAUAUGAACCUGCCUGUUAACAAGAAUGAGUUGGUGAGCAUGGUGCGCAACGGCUCAGCCAUCUCGUUCCACAAGAAAGUAUGUCCUGGUUGCCAUAAUGUGCCCAAGUCGAAGGAGUGGCUGAGUGCGGCAUCCAGUGGUGACACCAUGCGAGUGUUCCACAUAGGCAAGCGCACUGGCUACUUUGUGCACUGGGAACCCAUCUUCAUCGGCACCAACCACGACCCCUUCUACGACGAGCGGCUCAGCUGGGAGGGCAAGAGCGACAAAAUGACUCAGGGCUACACUCUGUGCGUGCUAGACUACGAGUUCCACAUCCUGGACAGCGCGUUCCUGGUGCACAAACCGGGCAUCAAGACGCUGAAGAAGGACCCUGCGCGCGCAGCUCUGUCGGCCAAGAGCAACGCGCUCAUCAGCCGAGUCAUCUUCCCCGAACUGAAGGUGCUCUACGGCACACGGCGGGGUUGCGCCGUCUGACACACGGCUGGCCAACUUAGGCCGCCAAAACCCUCCUCCGAUCACAGACUGCUCAGCAACAAUAGGUGACAGAAGCAGGAAAAAGACUCAUGGAAAGCUGACGUCAGAAGAUGGUACGAAUACGCUUUCACUGUGUCCGACCAAGCUCCCCAACGUUAGUGUCUCAAAAACCUGUACCAAGCAAAAAAACUCCUCAAUGAUUCUCCAAAUCGUUACACAAAUCUGUGAACAAUAAUAGUUGGUUGUGUAUCAGAAAGACAUGAAGCAAAACGGAUUUUUCCAUUUAUAUGUUAGGAACGUGUACAUAAUUAUAAAGUGAUCCGCCGUAGUAGGUAGCAUUAAAAUAUUAGAGCCAUUAUAAAGGACUGCUAUUUUUAUACGAUCAAGUUAGACUUAUAACAAGCCAUACUGUAAUGAUAUUAUAAGAACUAAGGACUAGUGCUAUUUAUUAUAAUUGAAAACUAGAUAAUAAUAGUUGAAUUUAGCCAUUGAUAGAUAUACAUAUAUAGUUUCCUAUUUAUUUAUUCACUUGUAUUUUAUCGGUCAUUGGGUGCCAUUUUUCAUGGUAGCCUCUUCCAUUGUUAUAUUAAUUGUCGUGUUAUAUUUUCUCAUAGACGUAUGCUGUGUUUAUUAUCAUUAUUGCCUAUUUUUAAAAAUUGUUUAGGUCAGCUAUUUUCGAUUUAUUGAUUUUCAUGUAUAUGAAGUGACGAAACUGACAUCAACUUUGAUCAAUUUUACUCCAAUUAGUAUUAAAUAAUUCCACUUCCAUGUAAAACAUUAAUUAUUUCUAGCUAUUAUACUUUUUAUAUUAUUGAGCCUUCAAGAGCAAAUAAAUGUGUUGCUAGUUUUUUUCUUAAUGAUUUUUAACAAGACAUAAUGAAAUAUUUAAAGUUUUAAUACACUCCACGUUCUGUUAGAACGCGUUAUUGGAAAACAAAACGAUAAUUGUAUUUUCUCAUGAUGUAUGCAAUAUAAGGUAAACGAUAAGAAUACGGAACUAUUUUAUUGCAUAAUUAUGAUAUUCCAUUAAUGUUUUCCAAUUUUUAUUAAGUUUGUGAUCUUUUCUACGCACAACAUUGACACAUUGUACUAUUUUUAGAGAAUAUAGGAUAAAACAGAUUUAUAAAUGGGAAAACAUCACUUAUUAAGUUUUUUUUAAGAGUAGAAUCUGUUGGGAACUGGAUUUCUGAAUAACGAGUCCCUUCGCGUGGUUGCAAUAAUUAUUAGUGAUCUUUUAUGUGGGCUUCAAAUUGUUUCUCACACUGCAAAAAAUUUGUAGGACUUUACUCACACAAAAUUAAAGGUAAAAACUUUUCUGGUUUAAUAGAAUAGGUACUAGAUUUGUAUGUUCUUUACAAUGGAUGUCAUAGUUCUAUUUGAUAACUUAAACACCAAUAUUUUCAAGUUUUACAACUGAAAUGUGCGUAAAUUUUAUAAGAAUUUAUUACAGAAAAGUACAGUGUGCCUUUCGAAAAUGAUAAUUUUGUAAUAGUUGUAAAUUAUGAAUAAGGGAUCAAUUGAUUGAGGAACUACAAUAGUAUUAUAUAUUGCGAAAAAUCUUUGUAGUUGUAUUUGUAAUAUAUUUCAUAUGAAAAGAAGUAAAAAUAAAAAUCUAAGUAGCCUAUCAUUUUUCUUAAUUGUUUACUCACAACAUGUUUCGGCUAUGAUGCCAUUAUCAUGUAAAAAACAAAACAAUUUUCAAUGCAAUAUUGUUCUAGCAAAUGUUAAUGAUGCUAUAGUUGAAGCUCGAUCAUAUAUUUAUUUUCCCCAAAAAUGUUUUUUUAAGGAUGUUAUACAUGAAGUGUAACACGUUUGUAUAACACGUUUUGUCAUAUGUUGAUUCUUCAAUCCAAAGGGAUAAAACUUUUUAAUAAAUUAUUGCGGAUUAUGUGUAACCUUAUCUAAAUUUGGGAGAGGAAUAGAACAAGGAUACCUUAUUUUUUUCUCCCUAUCAUUUUAAUUAUGUACUUAUUGUAUAAAUCAAUUUUAAUUCAAUUCAAUUUAUUUCUUUUUACACACACAUACAAGUCCAAUACAGAGAUUAACAAAAAGAAUACCUGCAAGCAACAACAACAACAACAAUACACAUUAAAACAAUUUUCAAUGUGAUUUCAAUUGAUUUUCAAUGAGGCUUGUUUUGGCAUAAAGCUGUAAGCCUCUAUAUGUUGUUGUAAUUUUUCUAUCGAUGUAAAUAAAUAAAUAAAUGAAACAAAAUAAAAAGAAAGUUGUGCAACAAAAGGAUGGAAGAUUGAAGGGGUUUUCCAACCAUGAAUAUCAAUGUACUAGGAAAACCUUAAAAAAACCUUCGAUAAAGAAUAUUUGAAAUUAUAUUCUUCUCACAUUGAAAGUAAUGUUCUCGUGAAACAAAAGAAAAAAUAUUUUCAAAAUUCUAUACUAAUUACAAUACUGUCAUGGAAUUUCAAAUCCUAACUUUUACUUCUCAAGUAUAUGUUUUUGUAGAAACAUCGCUCCUCAAUUGAUUGAUCCUGACCAAACUGUCCAGCAUUGAAUAAUGUGCUUCAUGAUUGAAGAGAUGCCUUAAUUGAAAGCAAAGUUCAAUGUUUAAAUAUUUCUCAUUUCUAGACUCAGGUAUCUGUAGUAUUUGUGAGUGGUAUAGAACAAUAUUUUUACAAUAAUUGAACGUUUUUGUAGCUCUUCAUCGUCACAGCAUGUGGUAGCAUCAAUCUUGUCUGCCUGAUUCCAAUUUAUUUAUUUCAAUCUGUACAAUCUAUAAAACUUCCGGGAUGUAUAGGAUUGUGCCCAAAUUUGUUCAUAUUCCAAUUUUUAAAUUACUGUUCAAAUAGCUAUCUUUGUUUUGGAUCAAGUACUGUAAGGAUAUUUUUACUGAUAAUACUGUAAUUUUAAACUUCCUGUUUGGUUGCUUUCCAUUCAAAUAUUGUUAAAUGAACUAAGUUUCACUUUUUAUUUAAAAAAUACUAUUCUCCCAAUCACUUCGAAUACAGAAUAACAAAGGGUUGACCCAUGAUAGAGGGUUUUCUCAUUUACUCAUAAUAAUAGAGUAAAGAAGGAUCCUGUAUAUUGUACCAAAAAGUGUUGUAAAGCAAACACAAUGUUGAU